UUCCUCCAGCAGAAUUUCAGCUCACGUUAUGUUUUCUCGCAUGCCAGUAUCAAUUCUGCUUCUUGUAAAUAUUUGCUACGUUGUCUUUGGGUCUGAUGUACAAGGCGAUUGCUCGAAAGAUGGUUCUUGUGAUGGGGAUGAGGAAAAACGAAGCAAAGCAAAGUACACCAUGAAAGAAUCAUGGAAAAAAUAUCUACAAAAAAUAGACCAAGCUACAGCCACAUACCAAGAUUGCUCAAACAAAAAAUGUGGUUGCUACAGUGAUGUGAUUGAUGAGGAUUUAAGAAUCUGGAAAGACAGGGGAGGAGUCACAAAGGCAGACUUUGACAGUUCUGCUGAUCGUGGUGUCCACUAUCAGAUAAUUGAUCAUAAACUCUACAGAGAAGAAAAGUGCAUGUUUACAUUCAGAUGUAAAGGAGUUGAACAUUUUAUCCUGGAGAUUAUUGACAAGUUACCAGACAUGGAGAUGAGAAUCAAUGUCAGGGACUAUCCACAGGUUCCAAAGUGGUCAAAUCCUCAGCCUGUAUUCUCAUUUAGUAAGACAGGUAAUGAGAAUGACAUCAUGUAUCCAGCAUGGACAUUUUGGGAAGGGGGGCCAGCAGUGUGGCCAAUCUACCCCACAGGACUGGGGAGAUGGGAUCUAAUGAGAGAUGAGAUAGACAAAAAAGCCAGCAAAUGGCCUUGGGAGAAAAAGCAGGCAAAGGCAUUUUUUAGAGGAUCAAGGACAUCUGCUGAGAGAGAUCCUCUAGUGCUGUUAUCACGUGAGGACUCAAGCCUCGUGGAUGCACAGUACACCAAGAAUCAGGCCUGGAGGUCUGAUGCUGACACACUAUAUGCUCCACCCGCCAAAGAGAUCAAGCUCGAAGACCACUGUGAAUACAGAUACCUGUUCAACUUUCGUGGAGUAGCAGCCAGUUUUAGAUUCAAGCAUCUUUUCCUUUGCAAGUCACUAGUGUUUCACGUAGGAGACGAAUGGCUUGAAUUCUUUUACCGGGCUUUGAAGCCCUGGGUCCACUAUAUACCCGUUGGAACAGAUCUCAACAAUGCUAGGGACCUUAUAGAAUUCGCUAAAGCGAAUGAUGACGUUGCGAAACGAGUGGCUGAAAGGGGAUAUCAAUUUAUAAAAGAUCAUCUACGACUCAAAGAUGUGAAAUGUUACUGGAAAAAAUUGUUGAAGAACUACGCCAAACUGAUGCAGUGGAAACCCGAAAGAAACACUAGGUUUCAACAAAUAACAGCAUAGGCACAAGAAUUAAUUUAAAUUGCAAUCUUAGGAUAUAGCCUUCCCUUGAAAAUACAGAAAACGUGAACACCAAAAUUAUUCAUGGACGUUUUUGCGCCGGUUUCAAGGAAAUCUUCUCUGGUUCGUCAUUUACAAACUUUACAAGUGUUCUCUCGACAUCUAAAGUGGGUUGUUACGCCGUAAACUGAUAGGCAGUGCUGUUUUUUGCCGUAGUAAAAUAAAAUUUAGUUUUCCAUUGGUUAGCGAUGUGAUAAACGAUAGGUUUUUGAGCAAUCAUGGCGCUCGUAGAAUCUCAGUUAUUUUACAAAGCCGUUUGCAAGCGAUUGCUGAACUUCUUUGUGAUUGGUCAAUACUCAAUUGACGUGUUGAUAUCAAAUUUGGGUGUCCACGGUUUUCUGAGUUUCAUAUUAAAAGCACAUUUUAUAUCGUGUGAGGACAAGGACUAGAAAGUCUUUACUCACUCGUGACCAUGAUAACUGGA